ACCGGUUUCAAGCAUGCUGCCCCGGCUACCGCAGCACGAGCCGACAAGCGUCGUGGCGGCGGCGAAGGGCUUUAAGCCUUCGCCACGCGGGACCCCACGCCGACGCGACCCGUCCCCGCGCCGGCCCGACCCGCGCCUCGAAGAGCCCGACGAAUCGCACAUGAGUUACAUUCCGCGCGAGUACUAUGUCAUUGAGACCCACGCCGUGCCUACGUAUAAUCCGCAGCAGUUUGCGUCGUCGUUCAAAGUCGGGGCGAACGGCCACGGCCUCUGGGAAACCGUCGUGUUUCCUUCGCUCGAGCCCCACACGCGCCAAGAGGUUCUCUACCUGCAGCAAACACUGUCGGCGAUGCAAGCCAACGCCGCCGCCGAGCUGUCGUCAUCGUCGUCGGUACCGAACCGGGUCGCGGCCGAGUGGCACAUUUACGCCAUCGUCUUCCACGAGCUCCUUCGCCAAAUGCGCUUUAUCUGCAAAGAGCAAGCCACGCUCGUCACAUACCUCGUCUCGCAAAUGCAGUCGCUUUUCGUGCGCCUCCACGACCACGUCAAGAUCCUCGAGGCGGCGUCGCUCUUGACGCCGCCGUCGACAACCACCAUUUUGGUGACACCGCCCAUGACACCGGCGCCGCCGCGCACCCCCAAGCCGCCCGUGCGUCGCGCUACCAAAGACCGUCGACGGCCACCGCCCGUGCCUGAGCAAGCCAGUUCCUGCCCGGAUGUCAACUCGGACGGCGACUCGGACGACUCGGACGCAGAAGGGUUUGUGUGCUCGUUUUGCCACGAAUACUCCAAAGACCCGGCGCGGGAAACGACGCGCCGGAGCACGCUCCUCAGUAGCAUCACGAUGCGUCAUCUCGGCUCGUCGAUCGAGCGCGACAACCGCAAGCUCCAAGCAAUUCUCAAACUCCAAGCUGUUUUUCGCGGGUAUCGCAUUCGCCGCGAGAAGCGCAUCGCCGACCGCGUCCGGCGCCGACACCAAGCCGCGAAGACGAUCCAACGAGCGUUCCAGAGCUACGGGCAGCGGAAACAAGCGACGGCAAAAAAGAAGGCCCAAGAUACGUGGCGAAAGCACCUGACAAUGAUCGUAGCCGUGCGGCAGCUCCAGAAACGCGUGCGCAAAUUUCUUCAAGUGGGACGCGAAUACCGCGAAGGGCAGCUGAGUUUAGUCGCAAACCGCUUCAAGCUCGCGGACCGGGACCUCGGCAAGGUGCUCAACGAGAAAUGCACGCAGCUGGAGGCCGUCGCGAGUCGGCUCCAAGGCUUUCAGGUUCAGAUUCAGCACAUUGUGUCGUUGAUCGUACCCGAUGCACCCGCAGCGUCGUCGCUAGUGGUCGCCGAUGUCGACCCCAUCGUUCGCUGCGGCGACGUGCACUUGGCGCUUGUCGAGCUCCACCACCACGUGAGCGAGCUUCACGUGCGCGAACAGCGCGCCCAGCGCGAAUGGGAGGCGACGCUCUUCCAGUUGCGCGAGGCCCAGCGGGCGUGGGACGAGGCCAAGCGCGCGAACGUCGGGUUCGGCAAGGACGACGACGACGAAGAUACGAUCGAUGGCUGGGUCAUCGGCGCACCGCGCACGAGCUCGUCGCUCGCUCGUCCGUCGUCGGUCGUCGGAAGUGCGGCGCCAGACGCGCCCGAGCCCGAGCACCACAGUGGCAACAGUCUCGCGCAAGAGCUCUUCGCAACAAUGAAGCCGCUGCGGUAUGGCAAGAAGUGGCUGGCGCAAACCCAUCUCAAGCGCGGACCGACCGCCGAGUCGCCUGUCGCAACGACCGAGAAGAGCGCGCUUCUGGACGAGGCGGUCACGGAGCGCAGUGCGUCGAUCGCGUCGGUGCCGCGCUCAUUGACGACCGAAGGCCAUCGCGGUGCCGUGCUUAUGCACCGCUUCCGGUCCACGCAGAGUCUCGACCGCCCACGACGGCCCCUCGGCUGGGUCAAGCAGCUGCUCGUCCACAUUUACGAGACGAUUGCGCUCGCACUGCGCGAAGAGCGGCAGACGUGGCCGCCAGAGGUCGCCGCCGCGCUCGCCCAUCAAUUCGACUUGUCGCUGACGCUACCCGAGGCGCAGGCCAUUGCGUCGGCCGUGCGCUACCUCAGCAGCGCCAAGGCCGCCACAAGCUUGCCGGACAUCAUUUGUCAGCACUUUCAAGCCCAGUUCGGGCUACCGCAGCUCGUGGACCAAGCCAUCUACGACCUCGCCACGCACAUCCACGAGUACGCCCAGCGCGACCUCGACGUGCACCUGUUUCAGCACUUUUUGAACGGCACGCGGUCCCGUGCCAACCUCGCGUUCUUCUCGUACGUUCGCCAGCUCUGCGCCGCGCUCAGCCGCGACGAUGCUUCGUCGAGCCCGCUCCUGCCGUACUUGGACGCGCAUUCGAGCCGCGAGCUCAUUGAUGUCGCGCAUGCACUCAAGGUAGCGCAGAUCUUAUUGCGCGUUCGGGACGAGAGUGCCCUCUUGGAAGCCGACCCGCUCGUGGACCUCAACGGGCGAACGCCGUCGGCGCUCUUUGAGCAGUGCCGGGCAGCGAUCGAAGCCAAGGCGCACCAAGUCGAGAAGGAAGACGACGAAGACGACGACACCACCAACGACGAGAUGAUGGAAAAGCCACGGCACGCGUUCAAUGCCCUCUUGCAGCCGCUCAAGUUUCACUCGCACCUCCCGGCGAGUCGGAGUCCGGUGCGGAGCCGCGUGCAGACGCAUCUACCGUCGUCGUCGUCGCCGGUGUUGUACUUUGCAGACUUUUUCGAUAUUUUGUGCAAAUUCCACGCCGAAGUGCACGUGCACGCGACGCAGCGCGAGUGGCUGCAGCAGACCUUUGACACGAUCGACGGCGACCACGACGGCAGCAUUCACAUCGAGGCGUUUGUGAGUCACCUCUCGGCGCUGCCCAAAGCGCCGACGCCCCGUGAGCUCCACCAGAUUUACCGCCACGCACUGCAAGUGCCAUUGGACCGCACCAAAGUGCCGACGGCGCGGGUCGGCCCGAUGGGGUUUCGCACUUUCUUUGGUAUCGUGCAGCGGCUGCUCGUCACCAAGCAGCUGCGCCCGUCGACGCUUCAUGGCGGUAUCAAUGACGUCGACGACGACGAUCCGACGAUCGCCCACGACAAGAUGAAGCUGCAGACGAUCAUGCACCGCCUCACGCUCGACUGGCUCGAGAAGGAGCCGGUCGUCGAAGCCGCGCUGGCCCACGAUGCGGGCCGGCAUUUGGGCCCACGCCUGCGACAGCUGUGCGUCGAGCUCACGCAGGCGCUGUGCCUCAAGCCCUCGACCGACGCCAUCGAGACGCGCCUCGAGCAAAUGCACACGGCGUGGGAGCGCUAUUGCGCGAUUGUGUGCGUCGUCAUGGUCCUCGAGAUCAAGCGCGCGGGCGGCGUCGGCGUCGUGGAAGCGCAGCUUAGCGACGUCGAUAGGGUCUGGAAUGUCUGCUUUGGCAAGCCGUCCACAGACCCGUUGCAGCCCGUCUAAGACACUAGAAAUCGUCAUGGCUAGUCGACGUUGUCUCGGCGUUGAAGUUGGAAGACACGCGCACGAGGUGGGCCGCUGCAUCAGAUGGGGCGAAUCUCGUCGUAUCUUGGUCGUUGUCGGGGCACGGUGCCAAGCUACUCGGUGCGCCGAUCGGGUCCGUGCUCUAGCCGUCCUCGCAUCCACGACAAAACUGUACAUCGACUAGAAUUGGCUUACCAACUAACUAAUGAACGUCGGGAUACGUCUCUCGGUUGUCGAUGA